AUGCACGGUCUCAUUUCUCUCGGUACGGCCCUUGCCGUCAUGGUUCAAGGCACCACCGCUGCCACGAGCGCUGUUGCAACUUGGUAUGGUGGAAACCUGAACGGAGGUAACUGCCUGUUUUCCGGUUACACGUUGCCAUCAAGCGUCCUGGGUACUGCCUUGUCCUAUACCAACUACAACGGAAACUGCGGUACUUGCCUCAAUGUGAAGGGACCCAAGGGUAACACCAUCAAGGUUAUGGUCGUCGAUAAGUGCCCCUCAGGUUGCGGAAACGGCCAACUCGAUCUCUUCCCCGACGCUUUCGCCAAGCUCGACGAUCCCAAUAAGGGACAGAUCAGCGUCUCAUGGGAACAGGUUCCUUGCGGCAUCACCUCACCCUUGAUCGUCCGAAACAAGGAAGGAACUUCGAAAUAUUGGUUCUCCAUGCAAGUUGUGAACCACAACUACCCAGUCACCAAGUUCGAAGUCAGUACCGACAGCGGCAAGAGCUGGCAGCCCACCGUCCGUCAGGACUACAACUACUGGCAGAAGAGCAGUGGUGACGGCUUCCUUGUGGACACAGUCAGCGUCCGCGUCACCUGCUCCAACGGUAAGCAGGUCGUCGUAAACAAAGUUGGUACCAAGGAGAAGGCCUCCUUCACUGCAUCGGGCAACUGUUAG